AUGCCCGGACUUCCCUCCAGCAUCGAUCUUGACGAGUGCAUUGAGAGGCUCUACCAGAAGGAGCUGCUUGCCGAGUCGGUCAUCGAGGCCAUAUGCGCAAAGACCAAGGAGAUGCUCAUGAAGGAGAGCAAUGUCGUCCACAUUCAGGCUCCCGUAACCGUCGUCGGCGAUAUCCACGGCCAGUUCUUCGACUUGCUCGAGAUCUUCAAAAUCAGCGGCCCUUGUCCAGACACCAACUACCUGUUCCUCGGCGACUACGUUGAUCGCGGCCUCUUUAGUGUCGAGACCAUCUCGCUGCUGGUCUGUCUCAAACUGCGCUACCCUCACCGCGUCCAUCUGAUCCGUGGCAAUCACGAAUCCCGCGGUGUCACCCAAUCUUACGGCUUCUAUACCGAAUGCAGCCGCAAGUACGGCAAUGCUGCUGUCUGGCACCACUUUACCGACAUGUUCGACUACCUCUCCCUCUCCUGCGUCAUCGACGACAAGAUCUUCUGCGUCCACGGUGGUCUGUCGCCCAGCAUCCAUAGCAUUGAUCAGAUCAAGAUCAUCGACCGCUUCAGGGAGAUCCCGCACGAAGGUCCCAUGGCCGACCUGGUUUGGAGUGACCCCGAUGCCGACCGCGAUGAAUUCUCACUAAGUCCAAGAGGAGCUGGCUACACUUUUGGUGCUCAAGUCGUCAAGAAAUUCCUACAAGUCAACUCCAUGACACACAUUCUCCGUGCUCACCAACUCUGUAAUGAAGGGUACAUGGUCAUGUUCGAUGACAGGCUGUCCACCGUCUGGAGCGCUCCUAACUACUGCUACCGAUGUGGAAACAAGGCCAGUGUUCUCGAAGUCAGUCCUACUGGAGAGAGACACUGGAACGUCUUCGAUGCAGCUCCUGAGAACGAAGUCCACCGCAUUGAGCAACAAAACCAACACAACAACCCUGGCUCGGACCCCGUUAGGGACUAUUUCCUGUAA